AUGAUAGGUGAUUUGCUACCACCAUCGACACUUGGAGCUCCUAAAGAAUGGUUUAAACUACAGAAAUGUAAUCCUAUCGAUCAUCCCAUCUGUCUUAAUCAUUGUCCACUCGAGGCUUCUAGCACUAUAUCUGUUAGUUUAUAUAGUUCUAUUUUUGGUAAAUUUAAGAAUUUUUGUGAAGAAGAUCCAGAAAGGGAAGACAACCAAUUUACCUAUAAAUUUUGUUACGAAAUGGUCAAAUAUUAUGAAAGAAAGGAAGUUCACCAAGAUGAGGCAAAUAAAAUGCUUGAAAAAUAUCUCGGUCCUUCGGUGGAGUUACUUACGGUUAAAUGUAAAAGUUCUGAUAGCAGUUUAAAGGAUGCACAUACCAACAGCACUAUGUCCUUUUCUAAGUACUGUGGGGCUAACUUUGAGUACAAGUGUGAUGAUUAUAGCUCUGGUACUUCUCCUUAUUUAGAAAUUUGGCUUUAUUUUUCCGUUUCCGAAGCCAUGCUUGCAGAAUAUGCAAUUGUUGACCUACUUACCUCUAACAUUUAUGCUUUGAAGAAAUCUCUCAAAAUUCUUGAUCAUUACUAUAAGCAAGUUGAUAAGCAAGCUCGAAAAAUGCCUCAAACAAUCAACCUUGAGUAUCUUUUAUUCCCUAAAGUAACAAUUGAUGAUAAAUGUUAUAGCAUUCAGAUUAUUCGUCAGAUUGGUAAUUAUCUUCUUUGGGAAGUUACUUUCUCUAAUGAACAAGGACCAACUAAAAAAGCCUACGUAAAGGCUAUUCAAAAGCGCAAAUAUUCACUUAAUACACAUCAGCUCUUAGCAGAAGCUGGAUAUGCUCCAAAAUUUUUAGUUUAUAUGGAAUAUUUUAACAAUCAUUCGACGUUAAAUCAUAUCACCUUGAAUCUUAAUGAUCAAGAUCGAAAUUCUUUAAGAGUAAAAAUCGAAAUGAUAGUUGAACAUUUACAUAAUUUGGGACAUGUAUAUGGAGAUUUGCAUAAAGGGAAUAUUCUAAUUCGUCAAUUUGAGAACAAUGAUUUUGAUGUGAAAUUGAUCGAUUUUGAGUGGUCUGGAAAGGUUGGUUCCGCACAUUAUUCUCACUUUAUGAAUCAUGUUGGUAUAAAAUGGCCAGAUGGUGCAGAAGAUGGGAAAUUAGUAACAAAAACUCACAAUCUUACCAUGCUAAACCAGAUGCUUUUGAGAACAGGCUUAUUGCAAAAUCAAAUAGAAUAUUGA